GUCGUCUAUAGUCUUUGGUCGACUGCUGUAAGAUUUUGUUGGAAGAGUAUCGCAUUACUCGGGCUUUUAAUUAAAUUAAAUUCAAAUAACAAUUAAAUCUAAGCACACGAUUUCUUAAAUACUAUUCUACAGUUUUAUUAUUUCCAAUCAUAAAUUAUAUAGUGAUCAUGUGAUUCAUACAUAGAGAGAAAGCUUCGAAAAUAAGUGUUAUGGAAAACAUCAGUCAUGUAUAUCUUUUGUGCGAUUAUUGCUUUCUGCUUUUUACGUGAAAGUUAUACUUUGAAUACCGAUAAAACAGAUUCGGUAUCAAUCAUAAAGGGAAACUCAACGCCGGAGCGAAAAGGAUGGAAUAUCAAUCUUAAUAUUUAUUUUACAAAAACACUUCCUUCGAUCAUACGAAGACCAUCAGGUUCCGACGUCCGACUCAGGUGCGAAGCUAUAAUGAAUUUCACUAAAGUGGAGACUUUCACCAAAUACAAGGAAGGUAUCGAGACAUCGUUAAAAGAAGCCCCUCCUGAUUACAUACAACAAAGACUUAUGAAAAAUUUAAAAGCCUAUUGGCUCAAAGAUAACAGAAUGCUCUCAAAAAACGAAAGGAUUAAUAUCUCUACUGUAAUAGAUAAAACAAAUGGCACAAUAGGAACAAGUAUUAAAUUGAAAAAUAUAGAUUUUAAUGAUGAAGGCAACUAUUCCUGUGUUAUAAAACAAAAUCAUGAGAAAAAAUUAACUACAAAAUUGGAAAUCAAGAAGAAAGUGGCAGAUGUCGAAAACUAUGAACUGCCUACUUAUACACCUUUGUUUUCCAAUAUUGGGGUAAGUGAUGAAAUUGAAGUCAAUAUUAAAACUACUCCAGAACUGAAGUUUGAAGAUAUGACUGUUGAUAGCAGCUUAAAACCUCAAAAUUUAUCUGUUCCUCGCAAACUUGAACCUUUGUGUCAAAUUUAUGUUGGGCAUGAAUGCAGCGCUCAUCUCAAAGACAAGUUUGUGUACAUCCCUUAUGACACAACUCAGGCAAUCUUAGAAGACAAACUAUCCAAAGCUAUAAAAGUUACACAGUUUUCAAAAGACAUUAGUUCACAUUGUGAAGGUUAUGCAGUGCCAAGUCUCUGUUACUCAACAUUUCCAAUCUGUAGGGACCCUGAAACUAUUAAUAAAAAUUUCUAUAAAGAGGCAAGAAAAUUGACAAACCUACCAAAUGAUCAUAUAGAUGAUUUGCCAGAAAUAUUAUUUGAGAAUUUACCAAAAGAUUUUGCACUGAAUGCAAAAUCUAGUAAGAAUUCAACAUCUAAUAUCUUCAAUUACCGUUAUAAUUCAACAGUACUAAGAAGAGUUUGUAAACAACAUUGUGAAAUAUUAGAAAAUGAGUUGUGUCAAACUGAAUAUGCUAUAGCUAAAAGACAUCCUCAUAUAGGUCAACAAUUGACACUGGAAGAGUGUCAGGACUUGCCAGAAGAUGACCCUGAUUGCUUGAAAAUUGACAUAGGCACUAUGAUGGUGUCAGAUGAUGAAUGCUAUUGGGAAGAUGGCAGUGGGUACUUAGGGAGAGUAAAUGUAGCCAGUAAUGGAAUGCCUUGUGUAGAGUGGUCAAAGCAGCUCCGUGUCAAGUUAAAAGAUUACCCUGAAUUAACAGGAAGGCAUAGUUAUUGCAGAAAUCCAGGUGGACUCAAUACUCAACCUUGGUGUGUUGUUGAAAAAGAUGGAAAAACAGAUAUACAAGUCUGUGACAUCCCUAAAUGUGCACAUAAAAUAUGGAUAUAUAUUUUGAUUAUAUUUUUACUUGUAACUUUAAUUAUUGCUGGAUUAGUCACCUGUCUCUGUUAUAGACAUAAAAGUAAAGGUAAUGCAGCAACUAUCAGAGACAUAAAUCUACCAAAUGCAGAUAAGAAUAUUUACGGUAAUUCAAGAUUAAACUCUCCAAUUGAAAUGAAUGAACUAUUGACGAAUCAAAAUUUAAACAAUCAGCCACAUUUGACUGUGAGAAGUGCGAGGGGCAACGGCGUCCUUCGUGUACCUCAAUAUUCACUAUCACAAAUUAAAUUUUUGGAAGAACUUGGUGAAGGAGCGUUUGGUAAAGUAUAUAAAGGAGCUUUAAAGAAUAAUGGAGAGACGCAAUAUGUCGCUGUGAAGGCUUUAAAGGAAAAUGCAUCAGCGAAGACACAGGCGGAUUUUAGACGUGAAAUUGAUUUGAUUUCAGAGCUCAGCCAUGAGAACAUUGUAUGUAUAGUUGGUGUAGCGCUUAGAGAAGAACCAUUAUGUAUGUUGUUUGAGUUUAUGGCUCGAGGAGAUCUUCAUGAAUUUCUCAUGGGCAGAGCUCCUCCUUCCGGAAAAGGCUUACCACCUAUGAGAUUGUUAAAUAUUGCAUUUAAUAUUGCAUCUGGUAUGCAAUAUCUUGCCUCACAUCACUAUGUCCAUAGGGAUUUAGCUGCUAGGAAUUGUUUGGUAUCAGAUGAUUUUAUAGUAAAAAUAUCAGAUUUCGGCCUUUCAAGAGAUAUUUAUAGUUCAGAUUAUUACAGAGUGCAAUCUAAAAGUCUCUUGCCAGUUAGAUGGAUGCCACCAGAGUCAAUAUUGUAUGGUAAAUUUACAACAGAAAGUGAUAUAUGGUCUUACGGAGUAGUGUUAUGGGAGAUAUACAGUUAUGGUCUCCAACCAUAUUAUGGGUAUAGCAAUCAAGAGGUGAUAUCUAUGGUCCGCGGCGGAGAGCUGCUCGCCGCGCCGACCAACUGCCCGCCGCAGAUGUACGCACUAAUGCGCGAGUGUUGGAAGCACACGCCACAACGUAGACCCAAUUUCGAAGAUGUUGUCAACAGAUUACAAGAAUGGAUACAAGUUGGUGGUUGUCCAGAGAAUAUUCCAUUGGAAGGAAGUUCUUGUAGCCACAGACCAACUACAUCCACAAAGGAUCAACAAGAACGGGCACCUCUUUUACCACCACAUUGUUCCUCAUCAAACGGUUCUUUAGCAACUGGGAGCUUAAAGAAAUUCAGUGCAGCCAGUUCUAGUACCAAAGUAAUGGAUGAUAACCGAUCAACAUGCAGUGAAGUCCCACCUUUAGCGCCUAAAUCAAAGAAACAUAGCUCUGGCUCACUCAUAGAUGGAGAUAAGGUAACAAGAGAUACAAUUGUUAGAAUACCAAACACUCAUUUUAGUAAUGAUAUUUAAUUUCAUCUAAUUUGCUAUCCGUAGUAAAGCAACUUUUAUCAAAUUAAAUUUUAUUGGAUUGUAACAAGGUCUAAUUUUACUUUGAAGUUUUUUCAAGCGUAAAAAACAAAAUUAAACCUCGUGUCAAUUGUUUAAAGUUCAAUUUUGUUUGCGUUAAAAUCUCUAUUCAAUAUUCUAUUCAAAUUGUCUGUGAAUAGAUCUAACAUAAGUACACGACUUGUACAAGUUUAACGUAAUGACUUGUAGCGUUUGAAGAAUUAUUUAUGAAUUUGAAAUUAUGUUGGUAGCUAUAAUAUAGGAUUGGAUUGUGAAAAAAAAACCUCAUAAAAUUCCUUAUCAUUUAAACAUUCUUAUAUUAAAAUCAUACAUCAUUUUUAAUUAUGCAACAGUUUAUACUAGAAGUCCACAAGAAAUCACUUUUCAGAACAGUAUUAAUGUACACUCAAAAUAACUAUUCCAAUUUCAUUCAAAUAUUUUCACCAACAAAUAUAUUAAAGAAAACCAUAUUCACGUGUCUUAUAUUAUGUAACAGAAUACAUUCCAUCUUUGUUAAUUUAAUCAUAAAAGACAUCAGAGAAAGGAAUUAAAUAGUGUGAAAUCACUGAUGGUUAGGAAAUUAAUUUCCUCGGUCGAGCUAACAGCUUAAUGAAUAUAAAAAUUUAUUACAGUAGAACCUCGAUAAGUUAAAGUCCAAGGGAAACACAAAAUAUUUUCAGUU